UCUCUUCUCUUAGACCUGUUCUCCCCGGACUGAUCUGAGCAGUUUAACUGAACCACCAUCAAGAAAAUGGCUUUCCAAACCUACAGCUUGUUUGUUCUGUCUGUCAUCCUGGUUUCUUUUGGGCAUGUUGAAAAUGCACUGAAUCUUCUUAAACUUCAAAAUGAUAUAGACAAACUGAAAACUGAUUUUAACUCAAGUAGUUCUGAUGUAGCUGAUGGUGGACCUAUUUUUACGGAGAAGCUGUCAAACUGGACAGAGAGAAAUGAAAAAAGGAUCAUCCUGAGUGAGAUUGUUUCCAUGUACUUGAAAAUGUUUGAAAAUGCUGACAAGUCAAAGGAAUAUGUUAGGAACAUAGAUGAGGAGCUCCGUACUCUGAAAGAAAGCCUUUCUGAUGGCUCAAAUAAGAUGGAAUAUCUCAAGAACCUGACAAAACUUCAGAUGACUGACUUGAAAAUUCAGCGCAAGGCUGUGAAUGAGCUGUUCAUCGUCUUAAAGAAACUGGGGGAAACCUCAAGUUCUCACAAAAGAAAAAGAAGCCAGUUUCAGAGGCUGUGCAAAUGCUAAUGCCAUCUUAUGAUCUUCUGUACUGAGUUACUGUGCAAAUCUUGCUGAGACAAGAUUUUUUUAUUUC